GCCGGAGGCCAGCAGGGCUUCCUGGGCUGCAUCCGCUCCUUGAGGAUGAACGGGGUGACACUUGACCUGGAGGAAAGAGCAAAGGUCACAUCCGGGUUCAAAUCCGGAUGCUCGGGUCACUGCACCAGCUAUGGAGCAAACUGUGAAAACGGAGGCAAAUGUCUGGAGAAAUACCAUGGUUAUUCCUGCGACUGCUCUCAUACGGCCUAUGACGGGACAUUUUGCAACAAAGAUGUUGGAGCAUUUUUUGAAGAGGGGAUGUGGCUACGGUAUAACUUCCAGGCACCAGUGCCCAGUCCCAAAGACUCGGGCAGCAGAACAGAGAACCCUCCCGACCAGCAGAACUCCGUCCCAGACCUGGCACAUGAGGAGAUCCGUUUCAGUUUCAGCACCACCAAGGCACCCUGCAUUCUCCUCUACGUUAGUUCUCUCACCACAGACUUCUUGGCAGUUGUCGUCAAACCCACCGGUAAGGAAAAGGACACCUACCCUCCUGCCGGCACAGCAGAACCCUAUAACUUGAUCUCUGUGCCUCAUAGAAACAUGGAUCCUGUGCAGGAUCAUGACAUGCUCCUAAAAGUGUCCCUUGUUCUCUUCCUGCAGCUCGACCAUUAUCCUUCUGUGAGUUACCAUCUGCCAAGUUCCUCCGACACAUUCUUCAAUUCUCCCAAGUCGCUCUUUCUAGGAAGGGUAAUAGGAGAUUAG